UCGCUCGCAAAUGGUCAUCCACUCUGUCUCCGGCGAAGCCUGUUCCCCGCCGGCAGAUGUCCGCUUCACUUGCCUCCCCCUCGCGUGGCGCCCGUGCGUGUGGUGGUGUACGCGACACGCCGGCGCUUCAGUGCCUGGUCAUGGGUGUCUCGGAGGCCGGGAGCGCAGACGAGGUGUUCGACGGAAUGCUCAUUCAUAGUGCUCUAUCCUGCGGGUCGGGAGGAGGAGAGCACAGCCACCCGGGGCCGGGGGAGCACCUUGUCGCCGUUUCGCCUUCGUGUCUGCCUCCUUUGACGUGCAGUGCAGGUUACUAACUGCAUCUACGCCACGAUGGACUUCGCUGUCAACGCGGCGUUGUGGGUGGUGGGCAAGGCGCUGGCACCCGUUGCAGACGGCCUGCUAGAGUCAUGGGCGGCCAGCGCCGGGCUGGGACCUAACAUCGACGACCUCAAGAUGCAGCUGCUCUAUGCGCAAGGGAUGCUUGACAGUGCGCAGGGUAGGGACAUCCGGAGCUCUGCGCUCAAGGAGCUUCUGCACAAGCUGCGGGAGCUGGCGUACGGCGCUGACGACGUCCUCGACGAGCUCGACUACUUCCGCAUCCAGGACGCACUCGACGGCACAUACCACGCCGCUGCUGAUGUUCAUACGCAGGGCGGCUUCGUCAGCGGGCUCGUCCUCAAUGCUCGUCACACCGCCUACGCCGUUGGUAAACACUUUUCAUGUCACUCUUCCCCGUCCGUCCAAGAUGACGACGCUCACACUGCCGUGUUGGAAGAGGAAUCUUCCAGCACGGCAGGAAGUGGACGGCGAUUCUUCUGUGGUGCCUGGCCAUCCAAGGCACCACAGAGGAACCAAGCCAUGCAAACACCAAAACUCAAGUUUGAUAGGGUGGAAAUGUCGAGAAAGAUGAUGGAAAUAGUAGAGCAGAUGAAACCCCUAUCUGCUAUGGUCUCCACCAUUCUUGAUAAGGAGAUGUUGGGCUCUGUCAUUAUGAAGCUAGACCUAUUGGGCUCAAAACGUACCCCUAGCCAAGACACUGCUAUGAACAGACCAAACACCACCCCAGAAAUUGUGGAGCCUGAGUUCUAUGGGAGAGAUGAUCAGAAAAAGGAAAUUGUAGAUGGUAUUACACAUGGUGACUAUUGCAAAGAUGAAUUGACUGUAGUGCCACUUGUUGGUCCAGGGGGGAUUGGUAAGACAACUCUCACACAACACAUAUAUAGAGAACUAGAGAGCUCUUUCCAAGUGUCGGUUUGGAUAUGCGUCUCUCUCGAUUUUAAUGCAAAUAGGUUGGCACAAGAGAUUGUGAAAAAGAUCCCUAAAGUCAAUGAUGAAAAGGAAAAUGCUAGUGACACAGAGCUAAUUCAACAGAGAUUAAAAUCCAAGAGGCUCUUACUGGUUUUAGAUGAUAUGUGGACAUACAACGAGGAUGAGUGGAUAAAACUAUUAGCUCCACUAAAACAUAAAGGGGGUGAAAAAGGUAACGUGAUUAUAGCCACAACUCGAAUCCCAGAGGUAGCAAGCAUGGUCAGGACGAGUAAUUCUUCAAUUAUAAACGUGGAACGUCUUGGUCCUAAAGAUAUUAUGUCUUUUUUUGAGGUAUGUGUAUUUGGUUACCAACAACCAUGGGAAGGCCAUUAUGAAUUACGUGAUGUUGGGGAAAAAAUAGUGACCAACUUGAAGGGUUUUCCUCUUGCAGCAAAAACUGUAGGUAGAUUACUACGAAAAAAACUUAAAUUGGACCAUUGGAUAACAGUUGCAGAUAGUAGAGAAUGGGAGUUACAAACCAGACCUAAUGACAUUAUGCCAGCUCUAAAGCUUAGCUAUGAUUAUCUCCCUUUUCAUCUACAAAAAUGUUUUUCCUAUUGUGCGUUGUUUCCAGAAGAUUACGAAUUUGGUCAGAAAGAAUUGGUUCACUUGUGGAUAGGACUAGGUAUAUUACAUUCUUGUGGUCAGAAGAAAAGAAUUGAAGAUGUAGGACUGCACUAUUUAGAUGACUUGGUUAAUUAUGGUUUUUUCAAAAAGAACGAGAAGGAAGAUGGUCCAUAUUAUGUUAUUCAUGACCUAUUGCAUGAGUUGGCAGUGAAUGUUUCAUCAUAUGAAUGUCUUAGCAUAUACAGUUCUAGCAUGAGGUCCAUACAAAUUCCCCCAUCUGUACGUCACUUGUCUAUCAUCAUUGAUAAUACAGAUGUUAGGGAUACAAUGACUUUUCAAGAAUAUAAGAGUUACCUGAGUGCACUAAGUAAAAGAUUGAGAGUUCAGAACCUACGCACGUUGAUGUUGUUUGGUGAAUACCAUGGAAGUUUUGUUAACACGUUCAGGGAUCUCUUUAGGGAUGCUGGAACCCUUCGCACAGUUGUUUUGUCUGGAGCAUCGUAUUCUGUAGAGGACAUGUUGCUGAACUUUUCAAAACUUGUCCAUUUACGCUACGUAAGGAUCAAGUCAGUUUGUAAUCCUGACAUGUGCUUACCGAGUGUGAUGAUUAGAUCCUAUCACUUAGAGGUCAUUGAUCUAGAAAAAUGGGGUGGCAGCUUUGGUUCAACAAGGCAUAUGAGCAACCUUGUAAAAUUGCGUCAUUUUCAUGUGCCAAAAAAUAAUGCUGAACUCCACUCUAACAUAUACGAGGUGGGAAAACUGAAAUUCCUGGAGGAAUUAAGAAGGUUUGAAGUUGGAAAAGAAGCAACGGGUUUUGAGCUAAGUCAAUUAGGGGAUUUGACAGAGCUCGGAGGAUCACUUGGCAUUUGUAAUCUUGAAAAGGUGCACAGAAAAGAUGAGGGAAAAGAACUAAAACUGAUCCACAAAAAUCACCUUCAUAAGCUAACAUUAGAAUGGGAUGCUAAACGAAGUGUCAAUAAUCUGGCAGAAGAACAAAACGUAAUCGAAAGUCUUGUACCACACAAUAAUCUUCAAGACCUAUGCAUUAGAGGGCAUCGAGGUGCUAACUGUCCAUCAUGGCUGGGAGGGCACCUGACGGUUGAAAACUUAAAAUAUCUUUCUUUAUGCGAUGUAUCUUGGAAGACGUUUCCGCCUCUUGGGGAGUUGAGGUUUAUUGAUGACCCUAGUGAAGAGUGUAAGGGUCUUGUCUCAAGCCAAAGUUUCCAAAUUUUGAAAAGGCUAGAAUUAGUUGAGAUACCAAAACUAGCAAAAUGGGUUGGAAAUGGCAGAUGUCAUUUGUUCUCCGUUCUAGAGGUGAUCAUCAUACAAGAUUGCCCUGAACUGGCGGAGUUGCCAUUUUCCCACCCUAAUUGCCAUCAAGCAAAGCAAGAGGAGAACAUGAUUUGGUUUCCGAAACUAACUGAGCUCAAGAUUAUACGCUGCCCCAAAUUGGUGUCAUUGCCUCCAAUUCCUUGGACUGAAGCUCCAUGCUCAGUUGUGAUAGGACGAGCAGGGUCAGUAUUUGAGAGGCUUAUUUACCGGACGGACUACAAAUCAGAAUUAAGUUUGGAAAUUGAGGGAAAAGAUGGUCAGCAUGGUGUGUUGUGGAAUGGGUUGGCUUUUCAUAAUCUAGCUGGUCUGAAAGAGCUGGAGGUGAAGAAGUGCCCUCCCCUGCCACUGAUUCACCUCCAAAAGCUAAAAUCUCUCAAGACCCUCAAGAUCACUGGUAUGUGUAAUGAGUUGUUGGUGUUUGAAGGUGAAAGCUAUAAUACUGAAUGCCCGCUUCCAGUUCAACAUAUACAGAUCACGGAAUGUAAUGUUAUUGGGAAGGAAUUGACAUUAGUGUUGUCUCAUUUCCCGAAGCUCACAAGGCUGGCAAUCUUCCGUUGUGAGAAGAUAACAGAGCUUGGUGCGGCGGAGCUCCAGACAGAAACGGCGACACCAUCAUCUUCAGCUCAUGAAAUUGAGCAUGCACAAGCUGGAUAUCAUCAGCACCAGCAGACAAGAGGAGAGGAGGUAGAAGAAGCAGCUGCCGGAGGAGGAGGUCUGCUGCUCCUCCCUCGGCAACUACAGGAGUUGAUCUUCUUUGGUUGCAGAGAGCUGUGGUUACUCUCUGAUUCACUUGGAGCAGGAGGGCUCCAAAGUCUCUGCUCCCUCCGCUCGCUGGACAUAUAUCAUUGCCCCAGGUUCCUCUCGUCCUAUUCAUCCUCCGCCUCAUCUUGUUUCCCCUUCCCGACCUCCUUGCAAGAGCUCCUUCUGAACGGCGUGGAGGGCAUGGAGACGCUGGCUCCGCUCUCAAAUCUCAUCUCUCUCACCAGUUUAUCCGUAUUUAACUGUGGGGAUCUAAGAAGCGAGGGCUUAUGGCCUCUCGUCGCCCAGGGCUGCCUUGCACAAUUUAAAAUCACUGGAACCCCCAAAUUCUUCACUGGUUCUGAGCCCUCACGGCCACAUGACCAAGAGAUUCCUUCCUCUUCAUCCAAACUCGAGCAUCUCUGGACAGAUGACUGGGCAGGAAUCCUUACCGUGCCCAUCUGCACACUCCUCUCUUCCUCCCUCACCAAAUUAAUUUUGUAUGUCAACAAAGAGGUGGAGCGCUUCACAGAGAAGCAAGAGGAGGCCCUUCACCUCCUCAAUUCCCUCCAGGAACUCGAGUUUUGGAACUGUGGGAAGCUGCAACGCUUCCCUGCGGGGCUAACCAAGCUUGCCAGCCUCAAGAUAUUACGCAUCCGGGGAUGUCCAGCCAUCCAAUUGCUGCCCAAGGACAGACUGCCAAGUUCUCUGCAAGAAUUAGAGAUCAGAAGCUGUCCGGCCAUCAAAUCUUUGCCCAAGGACACCCUGCCAAGUUCACUACGGAAAUUAGAAGCUUGUUAUGGCAUCAGCGAGGAGCUUAAAAGCCAGUGCCGCAAGUUAAAAGGAACCAUUCCAAUAAUCAAAGAUUACAUCAACAACGACUACUAAUCCAAGGGCUCUUCUUGGAUUUGUACAUUCUUCUACCCUAGCCUUGUAGAUACAGUUCUCUCUGUAUCCAAGCAAAGUUCAUGGAGUUGCUGCCGUUGCAAGCGUGAAGGCCUCUGCUAUGGAGCUCUACAAAUUCUUCUACCUUUGAAGAACUUGGGUAGCAUCUCCAACAUAACUAUGUAUAUGGAUCUUUCUUGGAGCUGUACAUUCUUAUAGCCUUGGAGAGCUCUCUCCUUCCACGGAAAAAGAAAAAGAAAACAGAAAAAGAGAAAAGAAAAAAAGAAAAAAAAGGAAAAGAAAGGAAAAAGUUCUAAAAAAGAGAGAGUAAAGCUCUCCAUCUGUUCAGUGUUCGCACGUGUGGUAGUCUUGUGACUUUAUGAGGGGUGUUUGUGUAGUUGUUGUAUGUUCUUUCGCAGCAAAAGUAGUAAUAUUAAUUGUGUAGGGUUGUUUGUCUGAUAGUUGUGUUGCAUAUUUGGAAAUCAACAUGGCAGUAGUAGCUCCCAACAAAAGGAAAGGGAAACAGAAAUUUGCAAGGGAAAGAAUUAAAUCCAUUAUGUGGUUUUUGUGUGGUAUCUAUUUGAAAAGGGGGAAAUAUUAACUGACUAUGAGUUCCGGGACUGAGAGAAGCUGCAGCGCCUCCCCGAGGGGCUAACCAAGCUUGAGAUUACAGAUCAGAGACUGUCCAGUUGCUGCCCAAGGACAUCCUCCUGAACCCCUCUGCAAGAAUUAGUGAUCGAGCGUUGUCUGCUCGUCAAAUUUCUGCCCAAGGACGGCCUGACAAGUUCACUAUGGAAAAUAUAAGUUUUUAAUGACAUCAGCGAGGAGCUAAAAAAAGAAGUUCCGCAAGUUAAAAGGAAUCAUUCGGAUAAUCAAAGGCUACAACUAAUCCAAGAGCCCUUCUUGGAUGUGCACAUUCUUCUAGCCUUGCCUUGUAGACCCAAUUAUGUCUUUCACGAAGUUGGCAAUCCAUGUGUAAAUGCCGCCAUGUGCACCUCCAUGUACAUAAACUGGUUUUUUUUAGUGUAUGCAUAGUCACCUGCUUUAUAAGUUUAAUCCAUACGUAGUAGUUCUGCACGUUGUUUGCCUUUCUUGUGUUUUGAGUUGUCAUGGACCAUUACUGAAUACUAAAGUUCAGUUUGAACAAAUGCUUGCUCAUUUGUAUCCAACCCUUUCCACCAAUUUCAAGUUUUUUAGAUAAUGAAAACUUUUAUUACGCCUAUCCCCUGCAUCAUAGAUGCAUAUAUGGCCUCAUUUAAUCUGAACCAUGUCGUUUUCAGCCUACUUUGCAGGCCUCUGCCAUGGAGUCGCAAAUUCUUCUGCCCUUGCAUUCACACAUAGUGCGUGCUUCAUUUCCUUGGGUGGCAUCACCUCCCUGUGCAGAUAUGGGAUCUGUCCUGGACUUGAGCUUUCUCAUAGCCUUGUAGAAAUCUCUUCAUUCUUCUGGCAAAAAAAAAGAAAAAGAAAAGAAAAGAAAAAAAGAAAAAAGAGAAAAAGGACAAAGGAAAAAAGAAAAAAACGAAAAAAGAAAAAAGAAAAAAAAGGGCAAAAGGAAAAGGAAAGAAAAAAAAGUUUUUUACCUAAAAAUCCAAACAUUCAAAGUUAACACAUAUUGUUUUGUGGUAUCUUUAAAAUGUGUAGUUGUGUCAUUGUAUCAUGUUCUUUCGAGAAAAAAAAAGGUAGCGGCAUUGUUGGACUACGAGUUACAAACUUUCUUACUCAGAAAUAGGACCGGUUGCCUGAUAGUUGUGUUUAAAACUGGGAAACCAACAAGGGAGUAUUAGGUUCUUGUAAAAGAAAAGAAAGGAAAGGAAAGGAAAAAAGGAAACAAGAGAACCAAAAGAAAGAAGAGUAAAACAGGGAAAAUAGUAGCAGACUCCAUUGUGCUGGAUUAAUGAAGUGUGCGCCCUGCAGUGUGCUAGACUGAAGCUGAAUUAAUAAGAUCCGCCUCCUUGGAAGCAAAAGUAUGUGCAGAAGUUGUGCCUAGUUCAGGUUGUCUUCUGCCACUGCAAUGGCCUUAAAAGUAACGGUACUGUCCGGUGAAUGCAAUCUGUUCCAAGCGCUUUUGUAUCAAAGCCAGGAUUAUAUGGUUCUUGAACUGCAUGCGCACAAUGUGAACUGAAACAUCUUCAGCUUGAGUGGGCGCCUCCCUCCUCCCUCCCGCGUCUGCCUCUUCUCCGGCGCGGGCUGGCGGAGGUGGCAGCGCGGCAGCGGUAUGUUCAACCCCCUCCUCUACGUCCGUCGUGGCGCAUGAAUCGGCUGCUGGUGGCGGCUCCUCUUGUGCUCUGGUUUGGCUCGGCUGGCCGGUGGGUGGCAUGGGCUCCAUGAGGGGGGAGGCAGGGGUGCCUCCCGGACUCGGCGUCGCUGGGAUUUGGAGGUGCCAGAUCGGGCGUCUUGGGUGGCUGCAGCACGGCUGGCCGCCGGCGUUUCCCCUGCUCAGAUCUGGCUGCCGGCCGCUCCUGCCAAAGGAGUUUGUUUGGGGUGGAAAGAAGGGUCUUUGCUGCCCCUUCACCGGUUGACGAUGUCGGUGUGCGGCCGCGGCGGUCGAGGGGUGGUCUCGGAUGCCGGGGGGGCGGCCUUGGUGGUGGGACCGUGGGAGGCGCGAUGCUCGUGGGCGGAGCUCGCGGCUCGGAUGUUGACCGGUUACCAUGAUCGUGCGGGCGGCGUGGUGACUUGGGUACGACGGUCGACGGUCGAUGGCGGUGGUUCUGCAGCGUGCUUGCGGCACUCCGUCUCGGAGGCGAAGAGGGCUUAUCGGGUGAAAACCCUUUCUGGCUUUGCCAGGUCGGCGGCGGCGGCGCCUACAGGCGUCGUCUCCUUCUUGAAGGCGUCGCCGUGGUUCCUCUUCUUCCUCUGUGUUGCUCCGGGGGAAACCUCGAUCCCUUGAUCGGGCGGUGGCGGUACUUAGGUGCCAUGACCUUGUUGAAGGCUCCGUCUUGGAGUAAUCGGUUCGUCGUGCACAGCUCCAGCUCUUCGCAGUGACUUGUUCACGGUUGAGGCCUCCGGCGACUUCAAGCGGGGCUCUCUCUUCCUUCAUGUAGAUGGCUUGGAGUUGUGUGGGGUGGUGUAGCUGUUCUCAACAUUCUUGUAUCUUGUCCCGUGUGUGUUGGUGUGGAGUUGUAUGAGGUUGGUUGUAACUGGAUCGUUGCUUUAUAUAUAAAGCGGGGUGAAAGCCUUUUUCGUGAACUGAAACAUCUUCAGCUUAGACUAUCCGAUCAAUCGUGAAAUGCUGCCAUGAAUAUCCGACCAGGCCAAAAUCCUCCUUCAGAUGAAAGUAACGGUAUUGUUCGGUGAAUGCAAUCUGUUCUGGGCGCUUCUGUAACAAA